AUGGAGGAGGCAGGGGGGCCCCCAGCCCGGACUGAAACCCGAGUGGUCAGUGCCACCUUGACCUGGUGGCAGCGGUCCCCUGCCCCAGAAGAGAGCAGACAUCGUUUCCACAAGGUGUCUCUGGUGUCCGGGGCCAGCAGGAACGCGCCCCAGGAGGAGCUGUUGGCAUAUAACCACCAUCGGGAAGAAGUGAACGGCUUUGCUACCCGGGAGGAGGAAAGCUCAAGUGAGCCGGGCCCACGGGAAGCAGUCGGCUCCAGAAACUUCCAGAGCCAUGGGCCCAUCUUUUCCAGGAAGUACAUACCGCCCCCCAAGGAGAAAAGGCCAAGUGGGCGGCCGCAGGAGGCUGCGGACCAUAGUGACAGCAGCCCCCCGACUUCCAGGUCUGAGUCCUCAAGCUUGGGGACCACAGCUAGGAAUGUGGAACUCUUGGUGCCCCUGCCUGGGCCCCGGGAGCCCAGUCCCCACCCCACGGGCGGCCUCUCCAAUGGGAGCUCCCGGAACCUACGGGUGAUGCGCACGGUGCGGGCCACCACGGUGGUGGGAGGCUCCGUGGACCGCCGGGUGAGCAGCACUGUGACCGUGGGGCCCUCGCUGUCUGCCGAGACUCUGCAGAGGGGCCGCCAUGUGGCCCGCGCUUUCCGCACAGUGGUGGUAAAUCCCACGCCAGAGGGUGGCCCUAGCCGCAGCCAGGCCCUGGAGCUGCUCAAUACCCUGAUGCCUGCCAGCCGCCUCCCCAGACCUACAGCUGCCGCACCCAGGAGCCCAGGCCUGGGUGGCACAGGGAGGACAGGCAGCCCAGCAACUGCACCCUCUCCACACAACCAGGACGUGCCGAUAGUCCAACUGGGACCAGAGCAGGGCAGAGCCCCGGAUGCCGAGGCCCGUGAGUGUCCCACGGUGCUGGGAACCUCCAGGCCGACUCAGCUCCCUGUGCAAGCUUCUGGCCACAUCCCAGUUCCCUCCUCUCCCAGGCUUCAAACCCAAAGCCCCUCUGUGAGCCUGGUUCACUCUCCAGAGCAGCCUGUGGUGCCCACUCAGCCUGGGGUCCAGCCCUCUCCCCAUGCUUUGCCACCUAUGAACACAGAAGUGUCCACCGAUGCCCCUGUGGCCACUGUCCCACCCACAGUGAGGAGUGAGGUCAUCAUUAUCCCUGGAAAACAUCUUGCCUCGUCCUUGGCAGGAAGCAAGGCUGUGCCCAGUCCAGCAUAGGUCCCCAGCCCCUCCCUCCCUCCGGAGUCCCAGGACGCCACAGAGGUCCCCAGCCUCACCCUCCCUCUGGAGCAACAGGUGGCUCAGGGUUCUGGGACUCCUGCUGACCCAGUCCCCAGCCAGAAAGAGAUGCUACAGGAUGUUUCUGCCACCUCAUCCCCCAAACCCAGCAAGACGGCCGGGGGUCCCAGCGGGCAGGAGGAGAGUGUGCAGGAUGUUGCAGACAGCCCUGCCUCCUCCCUCACCAAGGUAGAGACUGAAGUGGACCCAGCUGUCCCUGCUGCUCCUUGUCCCCAGCAGGAUAAGGCUGGCCCGGGCUCUGAAGGGGGCCCCCUCCCAUCUCCCACAGCAAAAGAGGUUGUCCAGGACUCCGGUGUUUCAGCGGCACCACUUCCCACCCACACAGAAGCUGUGCAAGACCCUGCUGCUCCCCUUGCCCCAUCUUCCUCUGUGGACAAAGUGACCCCCAGCCCAGGUGACACCCCUGGUCCAGUGCCAGUGGAAGCAGAGGUCAGUGUGGAAUCCCAGCCUGUCCCCGAUUCUAUCGACGGCAAGCCACCGCUGGAGCCGUCGAGGGAGGAGGAGGAGUUGGCCUUGGCCGCAGACCUGGAGAUUUUCCUGGACACCUUGCGGAGCAUGGAGCCCCCCGAGAUCCUCCGCACCCACCGGCUGCCCCGAGCCCCCCGCGCCUCCUACCUAGCCAUGUAUGCCACGCUCCCUGCCAUCGAAGAGGACCAGCCUGGGCCUUGGGUGCUGACCCCCAGUCCACAGCAGGUGCCGGUGCUGGAGGAGAAGGACCAGCAAGAGGAAGCGAAAGAGGAGGAGGAGGAGCCAGAGAACCCCUACCUGAGUGAUGACGAGAAGCUGCAACUCAAACAGGAAAAAGCCAAGCCCGGACCUUCAUGGGACCUGCGACCCUCCAGGCCCAGCCAGGGCUCCUGUUCGCCUCUGGAGAUGAUGAAAAAGCAUGUAGCAGGUGCCAAGGGCCCCCAGCCUGAGCUGGGGCCGGAAGCUCAGGCCAGCAGCAGGCGUACCUCCCGGCUUGGCGGCAGCCUUCUCUUUGGCAAUCUGAUGCCCGCUGCCAAGGAGACCACGACCCCAGAACCGCUAGGCACCAAACUAUCCGCUCUGCCACCCCAUGGGGCACCAGGGGUCAGGAAGGUGCCGGGACAGUUACCUCUGCUCUGCAGUGAAAGUCUGUCGGCAGAGAAGACCUCACCUACCCAGGACCCGGAGGGGUGGAGUCCAGCGCUGAAGACCCAGGGCAAGCUGAACACUAGGCCUGGGAAGGUGAUUCUCUUCUCCGAGCCCAGCUGCCAAGGUGACAGCAGGGAGGUUUGGGAAGACAUUGCUGACGCUUCCGGCUGGGCCCCUGUGGCCUCCAUCAGGGUGAUUCGAGGCUGCUGGGUGCUAUACGAAGAGCCGGAGUUCCGGGGUCGAAAGCUGGUCCUACCUGAAGGUGACAUGGAGCUCAGGGUGCCGGAGCCAGCAUGGAGCACCCAUAGCAUUGGCUCCCUAAGGAGGGUAGUCCAGGAUUACCGCACCCCAGAGAUCAACCUCUUCUCUGAGGAGGGCUUCAAGGGGGAGCAAGUGAAGCUAACGGAGGCCCUGAAGGACCCCGAGGGCAUGGAGCAGCCCCUGCAGGUGGCAUCUGCUAUUGUCUCCGCAGGACUGUGGCUGCUGUACCCCAAGCCUUUUUUUGAAGAGACCCCUUAUGUCCUGGAGCCCGGCGAGUACCCCACUUUGGAGGCCUGGGGUGCAUCUGACCCAGGCGUGGGCUCACUGAAGCCUGUACGACUGGGCUGCCCAAGCGUGGAGAGGCCGGAGGAGCCCAAGGCCGUGGUGUACGAAGCCCCGGGAUUUCACGGCCGGAGCUGGGAAGUGAGCAGAGACAUCUACAACCUUCAGCAGCCAGAGGAUGACCAAAGCCCCCAGCUGGCCUCUGUGGGAUCCCUGCGCAUCCUUGGGGGCUGCUGGGUGGGCUACGAGAAGGAGGGCUUCAGGGGCCACCAGUAUCUGCUGGAAGAGGGAGAGUACGCCGACUGGUCACACUGGGGAGGCUAUGAUGAGCAGCUGACCUCCCUGCGGGUCAUUCGGACAGACUUCGGGGAUCCAGCCGUGGUGCUGUUUGAGGCCAUGGAUUUCCGGGGGCACGGUGUGGAGGUGAGCACCGCCUUGCCAGAUGUAGAGCUAAAGCGACACGGCCCUCGCACGCAGGCCAUCCACGUACUCAGCGGCGUGUGGGUGGCCUAUGAGGCGGUGGGCUUCUCCGGGGAGCAGUACGUGCUGGAGAAGGGCGUGUAUCGCAACUGCGACGACUGGGGCUCGGGCAACAGUGCCCUCGCCUCUCUCCAGCCGGUGCUGCAGGUGGGAGAGCACGACCUGCACUUUGUCUCCAAGAUCCAGCUCUUCUCCAGCCCUGGCUUUCUGGGCCACCACAUCUCCUUUGAGGAGGACCAGACCUCUCUGCCUGCAUCCUUCCAGCCCCAGUCCUGCCGUGUGCAUGGCGGCAGCUGGAUCCUGUUUGACAAGAAGGACUUCCAGGGGGACCAGCAUGUUCUUUCGGAGGGCGAGUUCCCCACCCUCACGGCCAUGGGCUGUCUGAGCUCCACCGUGCUGGGCUCCCUCCGGAAGGUGCCCCUGCACUUCUCGGAGCCUUCCAUCUUGCUCUACGGCCUGGAGUGCUUUGAGGGGAAGGAGAUCGAGCUCAACAGGGAGGUGCGGAGCCUGCAGGCCGAGGGCUUCAACGACCAUGUGCUGUCCGUGCGCAUCCGGGGUGGCAUCUGGGUACUGUGUGAGCACAGCGACUUCCGGGGCCGCCAGUGGCUGGUGGGCAGCUGUGAGAUCACCAACUGGCUGACCUACAGUGGCACGCAGAGGGUGGGCUCCCUAUACCCCAUCAAGCAGCGCCGGGCUUACUUCCGCCUGUGGAAUGCGGCACUGGGAGGAUUCCUGGCAGUGCCAGACCACGUGGAGGACAUGAAGGCAGGCCGUGUGGUAGUUUCCGAUUCCCGAGCUGGAGGCAGCUGCGUUUGGUACUAUGAGGAUGGGCUGCUCAAGAACCAGGUGGCCCCUACUAUGAGCCUGCAGGUGAUCGGGACUCCCAGCCCAGGCUCCAAAGUGGUGCUGUGGUCAGAGAGCCGCAUGCCACGGCAGACCUGGAGCAUCAGUGAUGGGGGCCACAUCUGCAGCCAGAUGUUUGAAGGACGAGUCCUGGAUGUGAAAGGUGGCCGGGGCUAUGACCGGGACCAUGUGGUGCUGUGGGAACCAACCAAGGAAAGGGCCUCCCAGAUCUGGACGCUGCAUGUUCUUUGAGCCUCCCUUCUCCCCUAGCCUGAGAUGGGGGACGGGGGGAGGAGGGUGGGAAGGUUUGCUGGGAUGAAAUGUUUUUAUAGAAUUUUUGUUGGAAAAUAAGCUAUUUUGUAAUAUGCU